AAAUAUCCAAAACGUAAGCUGAACAACAUUUACACAAUACUCAUAUUCCGACACCACCAAAACACCAUUAAUUGCCACUGCCGCUGCCGCCGCCACCACCAACAAUGGUUACAGAGUCAAGCAGCAGAAGCAGCCCCAUCAAAACUGUGGUCGUUUUGGUCCAAGAGAACCGCUCCUUCGACCACAUGCUAGGGUGGAUGAAGUCCCUAAACCCAGAGAUCAACGGCGUCACCGGAUCCGAAUCCAACCCCAUUUCCACCUCCGACCCGAACUCCGCCCUAGUCUUCUUCGGCGACAACUCCGCCUACGUGGACCCGGACCCAGGCCACUCCAUCCAAGCCGUCUACGAGCAAGUCUUCGGCGAGCCAUGGACGGAGGCCUCCGCCACCAAAACCCUUGCUCCCACAAUGAAGGGUUUCGCCCAAAACGCAGAGAAAACACAGACUGGUCUUGCCGAGACGGUCAUGAACGGUUUCAGGCCCGAAAACGUCGCCGUUCACAGGGAGCUGGUGAAGGAGUUUGCGGUGUGUGACCAAUGGUUUGCUUCGGUUCCGGCUGCAACGCAGCCGAACCGGCAGUACAUCCACUCUGCGACGUCGCAUGGGCUGACGGGGAAUGAUACUAAGACGCUGGUCGAAGGGUUGCCUCAAAAGACUAUAUUUCAGUCGUUGGAUGAAGAAGACUUUUCUUUCGGGAUUUACUUUCAGACCUUCCCUUCCACUCUUCUGUACAGGAACCUAAGAAAAUUGAAGUACAUUAAGAAUUUCCAUCAGUUUGAUCUGCAAUUCAAGAAGCACUGCGAGGAGGGGAAGUUACCAAACUAUGUGGUGGUGGAGCAAAGGUUCUUUGACGUGUUAUCAUUUCCUGCAAAUGAUGAUCACCCGUCCCACGAUGUCUCUGAAGGCCAGAAGUUCAUAAAAGAAGUGUAUGAAGCACUAAGAGCAAGUCCCCAAUGGAAUGAAAUGUUGUUUGUAAUAAUAUAUGACGAGCAUGGCGGUUUCUAUGAUCAUGUUCCAACACCUGUGACGGAUGUUCCUAGUCCAGAUGAUAUCGCCGGUCCCGAGCCAUACAACUUCAAAUUCGAUCGUCUUGGUGUUCGGGUUCCAGCUAUCUUAAUCUCUCCAUGGAUUGAACGUGGAACAGUGUUGCAUGGCCCUUCAGGGCCGUAUCCCUCAUCAGAAUUCGAGCACUCCUCAAUCCCAGCAACUGUGAAGAAGAUUUUCAACCUGAAAGAGUUUCUUACAAAGCGUGAUGCUUGGGCGGGAACCUUUGAGGGUGUCCUAAGUAGAUCAACCCCAAGAACUGACUGUCCAGUGACUUUGCCCGAACCUGUGAAACUACGAGAGACUACAUCCAAAGACGGGGCCAAAAUGAGUGAUUUUCAAGAAGAAGUAGUGCAAUUGGCAGCGGCCAUAAAUGGGGACCAUAGAAAGGAUAUUUAUCCCAACAAACUGGUGGAGAAGAUGUCUGUUUCCAAGGCUGUCAGUUAUGUGGAAGCAUCGUUUAAGAAAUUUUCAGAUGAAUGUGAGAAAGCCAGGGAAAGUGGAGCAGACGAAUAUGAGAUUGUGGUCUGCGCAACCUCACUUGGAUCGCCAUCUCCCAAGUCGUUUGCUAAAAAGAUGUUUUCUUGCUUGGUUUGUGAUCAUUGAUGAUGACUCAAAUUUCAUUUUCAUUUUUUGUUUUUUGAAUUGAUUCCUAAGAUUUGGUUUGUGAUCACAACAUACUUUAUUUGCAUUUCUUGUAAUAAUUAAUUUUUUUAAAAAAAUAUUUCCUUUUUUUUU